AAUUACGUGAAAAAUGAUAUAAUUUAGAAGCUGAACAAUCGUUGUAUUUUUUAAAAGAACAGCGAGUCGAGGGCGAAACCAAAGAACAACAAGAAGAAGAAUUUGUUGCCCCGACUCUUACUCGUUCGUUGGGCGAGGAUUUCUUGCUCCAAAUAUAAUUAAUGAAACAGAAAUAGAAUUAACCGAGGAAGAAUAUCAGCUGUUAAAAUUAGGCCCUCGGUUUAUUUAUAAUGAUCCAACAACGGCAUCUCGACGACGUACAACUGAGCUGGCUACUCUUUAACGUAAAAGUGAAAUUCAAUUUUUCCGGAAAAAAGUGAACCCCGGUCGAGCAGUCGAACAAUGUAUAGCUGAAUUAAAUAUUAUACUUAAAAAUCUGCACGAUGCACCUAGUAGUAAUACACAUCGACAACAUAAACAGCAGCAUAAAAUUAAUUUAUUUGAUAAUUUAUUAACAACUAUUCAAUCAAGUCAAUCUCAGGUUAUGAACUCUUCAGUUAUAGAUAAUAAUAAAAAAAGAAGAAUUAUGGUAGAUUAGUCAAACGUCUGAAGCAUAGAAUUCGUUCGGUCAGUAUAGUUCUUCAAAAAACAGAUAAAUCUAAAGUAUUUCAUUUAGGUACACGUCAACAUCAUGAAAAGAAAUCUAAUGAAUAUAUGGAGAAAACCAAAGCAUAUCAAUGUCUAGGUGAAAAUGAUCCAUUACCGAAUUUAAUUGAACGUACAAAUAAAUAUCUAUUAGAUUUACGAUUAGCUCAUUGGAUCACUCAAAAACAAUACGAAAUUUUAUGCGUAAAACCAACUGAAGCAAAAUUAGCUCAUCUAUAUUAUUUACCUAAAACUCAUAAACCUGGUACGCCACUUCGUCCAAUUGUUUCUGGUCUUAAACAUCCAACUAUUAAAAUAUCAAAAUAUCUCGAUGAAUUACUUCGACCAUUAUUUGAUAAAAUAGCAUUAAAGACAACUGUUACUUCUGGAUUCGACGCAAUGAAACAACUAUACGAAUGGUCGACAUAUAAUCUACGUGAAGAAACUUUACUAUGUACUAUAGAUGUUGUGGAUCUUUAUACAAUGAUACCACAAACGGAAGGUGUACUUGCAAUUAAAAAAAUGUUAGAUUAUCUUAAACUAAAACAAAUUGGUGGUUUAAAAGUUGAAACAAUAAUUAGAUUAAGUCGAUUCGUUAUAAAAAAUAAUUAUUUUUCUUACGAAGGUCAAUAUUAUCAUCAAAUUCGUGGUGGUGCUAUGGGUUCACCGUUAACACUCACUAUUGCAAAUUGUUACAUGUUCUUUUUUGAAAGAGAUAUCGUUAAACAAAUUACUAAUGGUGGUGGUCUAUACUUACGUUAUAUUGAUGAUAUAUUUAUUACUGUAAAUUGGCCUUCUAGACAUUUAAAUAAACAAAUUGAUCAAUGGAAUACUUUUGACUCAAAUAUUGAACUAAAAGCUCAAGCCGGUCAUUCGAUAAAUUUUCUAGACAUAUAUAUAGAAAAUAUUAAUGCUCAUUUGUUUACAAAAGUAUAUCAUAAACCAUCAUACGAACCGUAUUAUUUACCAUUUAAUAGCGUUCAUCAGAUGCAUAUGAAAAAGAACAUUCCAUUUGCUAUGUUCUUUCGAGCAAUAAGAUAUUGUUCAACAUUCAAAGCAUUUUUAGAUGAACGUGAAGAUUUAAGAAUGGCUUUAUUAUUAAACAAAUAUCCAGGAAAAUUUAUAGAUAACCAAUUCAAUCGUGUUCUCAAAAAAUUCAAUAUUACUCAACCAUUAACUAAUAACAAUUACAAUAUGAUACGAAAAAAUAUUAUACAUGAUACUAUAAAAGAAGAAAAAAUACCAACUGAUCAUUAUAGAACAAUGUUUAUUCAUUUUACUUAUUGUUUAAACAUACGAACAUUGCCGACAAAAUUUCAUGCUCUUUGGAAUGAAUAUUUUAGUGAAUCACCAAUUAAUGAAAUUAUACCAGUUAUCGGUACUCGAAAUGUUCAAAAUUUUCAAAAGCAGCUGAUGAAAAAUAAAUAA